UUGAGGCAAUAAAAAAAGAGAGUCAAAGUUGUUACGAGUUUUAAUCCAGAAAUUUUGAAGGGUGAGGCAGCCAUUAUUAGCCACUUCAAUUCCCUUUAUAAAGCUCAAGUGUAAGAGCCAAACCUUGCAGAUCAUGAAAUCUAAUCCUUGACAAACAAGGAGUUUCUUUUCUGUUUUUUUUUAUUUUUCUGUGUAUUUCAGUCAAAAUUUUCAAAAAAAAAUUAAUGGUUUUUUUGUGAUAAAAAAAGACACUACUCUACUCGAGAUCAGAUUGAAAAAAAAGUGGAGAAAAGAUGGCAGGAGGUGGAUUUGUUUCUCAAAGUGGGGGUAAGGUCCAUGAGGGAGGUAUCACUGCUUUUGUUCUGGUUACUUGUAUGGUUGCUGCUAUGGGCGGUCUCAUCUUCGGAUAUGAUCUCGGAAUAUCAGGAGGKGUGACYUCAAUGGCACCAUUCCUGAAGAAGUUUUUCCCAUCAGUUUAUGAACAAGAACAAAAAAAAGCAGGAGASGAAAAUCAGUACUGCAAGUUUGACAGCCAACUACUGACACUAUUCACAUCUUCACUAUACUUGGCAGCAUUAUUUGCUUCUUUCUUUGCWUCUUCRGUAACCAGGGCAUAUGGAAGAAAGAUUUCAAUGCUKAGUGGGGGUAUUGUGUUUUUGUUGGGCUCAAUCUUAAACGGGGCUGCUGUCAACGUUGAAAUGUUAAUCAUCGGUCGUUUGUUACUCGGUGUUGGUGUUGGGUUUGCCAAUCAGUCUGUUCCYGUCUAUCUAUCCGAAAUGGCACCGGCAAAGAUUCGAGGAGCUCUAAACAUUGGCUUCCAAAUGGCCAUCACCAUAGGCAUUUUCGCCGCAAAUCUCAUUAACUAUGGAACCGCUAAAAUCAAAGGCGGUUGGGGUUGGAGGCUUUCUCUAGCUCUUGCAGCUGUUCCUGCAAUAAUGAUGAGCCUCGGAGCGGUACUCCUACCCGACACUCCCAACUCCAUCCUCGAGCGAGGCAACAUGGAGAAGGCUAAGAAAAUGUUACAAAAGAUUCGAGGUAUGGAUAAUGUGGACGAGGARUUUCAAGAUCUCGUCGAUGCCUGUGAGGCUGCAAAGAAAGUAGAGCACCCAUGGAARAACAUCCUGCAACCAARAUACAGGCCUCAGCUURUCAUUUGCAUCUUUAUCCCAUUCUUCCAGCAAUUCACUGGAAUCAAUGUCAUUACCUUUUAUGCACCUGUCCUCUAUAAAACUCUAGGUUUUGGUGAUGAUGCUGCACUAUUUUCCGCCUGUAUUAGUGGUGGCGUUAACGUCCUUGCAACGCUCGUAUCCAUUUUCACGGUCGACAAGUUCGGCCGAAAGAUUUUGUUCCUUGAAGGUGGCAUCCAAAUGAUGAUUUGCCAGAUUGCAGUUGGAUCCAUGAUAUGGAAAGAAUUUGGAGUCAAUGGUCAAGGAACGAUAGAAGGAGGAAUUGCAGACAUCAUACUUGCCCUCAUAUGCGUUUACGUUGCAGGAUUCGCGUGGUCUUGGGGCCCAUUAGGAUGGUUGGUACCAAGUGAAAUAUGCCCGUUGGAGAUCAGGUCAGCGGGGCAAGCGAUAAAUGUGUCGGUGAACAUGUUGAUGACGUUCAUCAUCGGUCAACUAUUCUUGUCSAUGCUUUGCCACAUGAAGUUUGGUCUGUUCUAUUUCUUUGGGGCGUUUGUGUUGGUUAUGACGAUUUUCAUCUCCUUAUUAUUGCCUGAGACAAAGAAUGUCCCAAUUGAGGAAAUGAACAGUGUGUGGAAGGCACAUUGGUUCUGGGGGAAGUUCAUACCAGAUGAUGCAGUGAUUGGUCAUCAUGGCAAUGUGGAGCUCUAUGGCAAGAGUGUCUAGAUUACAAACCUAGCUGCAACAAUAAUCAGCUUUCUUCUUUCUUCKUUCUUUCUUUUUUGGAACUCAGAUUUUUGGUAGAUUUUAAGAGGAUUUUUUGUCAUCAACAAUUUAUUUGUGUCAUCAUGGAUCGUCUUGGACCAUCCUGAACUAUUUGUGAAUCGGCCUUACCCUAUUUGAGAAUUUAAUAGAUGAGAGUUUUACAUGAAAG